AUGACCACAUCUGAUGUUCAUGUUCCAGCUUUUGAUCCCACUACAACCUCCGUAACGACGAGGGCUACGGCCCCGGGGUCGUACUACCACCACCCUUGUUUCCAGCCCUCCAUGACAACGACGACAACUACUACAACUACUACUACUGUUACUCUCCCACAAACAACAACCACGACUUUGCUAUUGAAUUCUACUACGGAUCCUAGUCUCUACUCGCUUACUCAUGGUAGCUAUCAAUAUCCACAACAUUUGCUUCACCCACAACAACAACAACCACAACAACAACCACUACCACCGUUGCCCUUGCAACAGCUACCACCAGCACAGCAACCACCGUUUGCACUUUCGAGCAUGCCAUCCGACCUUAGCAGUGUUAGUAGCAGUAGCAGCAGCAGCAGCAGCAAUACCAGUUUUUCUGUUGCCUCUGCAGCUACCAAUUCUACUACGGUCACUCCUGAAGAUGAUGAAAAGCCAUGUGAGAAAUAUAGGCAAUUUCUACAUUCGACGCGACAAGAGCGCACUGUCGUGAUUGAUAAGCUGGUUGAUGUGUCUGCCGAGAUUAUUGAUUCUAUUUGGAACCCUGCCAGAGAUUGCAAAGUGGUGUCUACACGCAACUUUAUUCAUGAAAUCUUGAAACGUUCCAAAGCGACCUAUUCAACCUUGCAGAUCAGCUUGUUUUAUCUGUUUCGAGUCAAGAAACGUGUCCAUGAUCGAUUGCAAACCCGCCAGCGUAUGCCGCCAUCACCGCCACUUUCACCUCCGCGUGAUGGUGGUGGCCAUGUUGGUGCCAAAAAGAAUCGAGAUCGUAUGGAAGACAUGAUGCUAUGUGGCCGACGUAUGUUUCUUGCUUCUUUGAUGGUGGCUUCAAAGUAUCUUCAAGAUAAAAACUAUCGCAACAGAGCAUGGGCCAAGAUUGCGGGAUUGGAUCUCAAAGAAGUCAACACCGCCGAAUUGGCAUUCCUGCGUUUGAUUGAUUACAAGCUGCAUAUCAGUAAGCCGACCUUUGAUAAGUGGUAUACCUUGUUGCAUGGCUACCUUCAAAAGAAGCAACAACAAGAAAAAACCUCCUCAGCGUGUGCUUUUCAAAUAAAAAUGGAUUCCGUCUAG